AUGGCGGCCCGUCUACGCAAAACAUUCCGCUACCCGGCCGACAAUGCUGGCAGCGACGACAGCGAUCGUGAGGAACUGGACGAGCAAGAGCAGGAGACAAUCAUCGAAGAUCUGGCAAAGCGGGACUUGGACAAUACCAUCUUCUACCGCCGCGCUUUCGUCGCUCUUCCUGCUAUUGCAGCCCUGGCCUAUAUUCCUGUUCUCUUCUCUGCAGACGCUUUCAGGCAUGUCUUGCUUGCUUUGCUGUCUCUGACCGCUCUGGCAGGCACGGUCUACAUUAUGCUCUACGUCCCUUCUGCGCCUGCCGCUGUGGACAGCUCGCGCUUGUCUGCUGCCAUGAUUGACAGCAGGGGCCCGUUGGACGUCGCUUUGCCUUGGUUGAACGCCGCCCUGAGCGCUGUGCUUGCUCUGACAGGUGUACUGGCGUGGAGGAGAGAUCUGUUCAACGAAGCCUGGCGCGCCUUUUUGCCUGGUGCAAUCUUCCUUGUCACCAUGUACGCCCGCUCCCAACUAGUGCCGCUCGAUGUCGCCAGCUUGGAACGUCUGAAGUAUAAUUACAAAGGUGCUUGA